AUGUCAUCAUCAGUGGCGUCGAAGCCCGGAGGCUGGGUAGCUGAUAAAUAUGUUUAUCAUUGCGACUCCAUUACUUUAUCCUGCCCAGGGGACUACCGAUAUAUGGACAACUUAGCUUUGUUGGCAUUAACCUGGAAGGGCCCCAUAAGCGUGGCCCUGUAUGCCCCUGGAUAUGAUUUUUUAACUACUGUUAAGUCUAUAGCCUAUUUAAGGAUUUGCAAAUAUAAGGAAAUAAGGGAAUUUGUGACUUUUCACCUAUUUUUUGAAGAAAAUCACAUCUUUAAGGCCGAAGAACCUUUACUAAGCCUAUACGAGGACGUAUACGAUUGUGCCUUAGGAGCUCCGUAUGAAAACAUGAAGACUGAAGACAUGUACAAACAUAAAAAUAAUUUAUUAUACCCCAUAAACGUGGCCAGAAAUAUCGCCAGAGAUGCAGCACAAACUCACUUCGUCUUUCCAUCUGAUAUCGAGCUCUACCCCACCCCGAAUUUCAUCGAGAAAUUUUUAACCUUCGUUAACAAGAACCCCAAGCUUUUUGACAAAAACGAAAAAAACGUUUUUGUACUGCCGGUUUUCGAAAUGAAAGAAGGUUACGAGAUUCCCACAACAAAAACGGUGCUACAAACAAUGAUUAAAAACAAAACUGCAUUUUUGUUUCACAAAAAUAUCUGCACUAGUUGUCAUAAAGUUAUAGAUGGCGAUGGAUGGUUAAAGGAGCCGGAAACACAGGGUGUUAAUGUUUUUUCAGUUGGCAAGAGGCAGGGCAAGCAAUCCAUGUGGGAACCUUUUUACGUGUGCACCCAUAAGGAACCUUUGUUUGAUGAAAGGUUGACUUGGGAGGGCCAGGGGAAUAAAAUGAGUCUGGCCUAUUCAUUAUGUUUAUUGGAUUAUAAUUUUGUUGUUUUGGAUAACGCGUUUUUAAUGCACAAACCUGGCGUCAAACUAAAAAAACUGCAAAAUACAAUGUACAAAAAUGUUACCAAAGAGGCUGCAAAAUUAUUAAAAUACCACGUUAACAAAGAGUUGCGGGAAAUGUAUGGAAAUAACCCAAAAUGUAAAAUAUAUUGAAAUAAAACCAGUCUUAUAAUUUUUGUUUUAUUAAUUUUUAUUACAAAAGAUUUUUAUAAUUUUUAUUGUUGUUUUAAAUAUGUAUAAAAAAAUUAUAAAUAAAUUUUAUAAGUUUAAAAAACAUUUUGAUUGCUAAUCAAUAAUAAAUAACACAAAAUUGUAAAAUCACAUUUUGUUUUAAUAAAUAAGUAAACUAACUUAAAAACAAAUAUCCUUUUAUAUACACAGCUAGUUUAGACUUAAUAAAUCUGCAGUAGGUAGUUUAGAAAAAAUUAGAUAAUCUGAUUUUCGUCAAAAUGAGAUAAGUACACCCAUAUUGGUGUCUUGGACACUGUUUAAAAGUAGUCAAGUCGAAAUGUAAAAUCUUUUGAAUGUCAAAUGAAAAACAAUUUUUUUUACCGUGACGGGUGGGACAAAAAAUGAAGAAAUGCUCACUGAUUUUUAUUACACAAUACACCCUUUUCUGGACCCAUAAAGUCGUUUUAUUUCUGGAAAUAUUCUACUGCCUAUAAGUCUAUUCGUUUGUGAUGAAAUUUUGUUUCUUCCAGGAUCGUUAUGAUACUUUUUAAUCCCGGGUCUGUGUACCAAGAAAGCAUUGUUUAAAAUCAAAAAAUCGUAGUCUUUAACGCAUAAG